AUGUCAUUAUUUGAAGCACUGGAAAACUAUGAAAUUUUACCUAAAAGACUCGAGCAAAGCGAAGCAGAUGUAGCAUUUUUAUUGAUGAUGGAAAUGACUGAGUCUGAGAUUGACUGGGCGGAUAGAACCAGUUGGAUUGGUGUGAGUGACAUUUAUGACUUAAAAUGGAAAUAUUUCAUCAAAUUCUUUUAUCUUUUCACAUCGGAAAAUUUUAAUGUUUUGUUCUCAUAUGUACAAAUAGGUUUUUGGUUUUUGAAAAUUCAAAAUCCCAAUCUCUAA